AUGCCCACGAACACCACCGCGUAUAGCUACAAUCAAAAGGGCGUCUAUGCGAUCAAAUCCACGCUCGGCAGCGGGACUCAUGGAACGGUCUAUCGCGUCUCGCACUCUUCGACCAAGCAAGUCAUGGCGAUGAAAGUCAUCCGGACCACUACCGCAGGACAAGUAAAACUUUUCAAGCAAGAAGCCACUUUUCUCGUUUCCUUAUCUCACGCCAACAUCGUGACUUUGGAAGACCUCGCAAGCGUGCUUGAUGCAGAGACCGGGCUUUACAAUGCUUGUAUCAUUAUGCCAUUGGCAGAACAAACAUUGGAGUCAUUCUAUGUCUCCUACACUGCACUGGGAAUCUCUGGUAUGAAUGAAGCAAUGGCGCAAACAACAGCGUAUCAAAUCCUUUGCGCUCUGGAGUACCUGCAUGGUGAGAACAUCGUCCAUCGGGAUCUGAAGCCAGCCAAUAUUCUGGUCUUUCAGGGAUCAAGAUCACAACCUCUGCUGCUGAAAUUGAGUGACUUCGGCAUCUCCGCUUCCAUCAAUGAUAAGUCUGGAACGUCCCAAGGAGCAGCUCGCUACACUUCACCUGAAGCACUCCUGCGCAAUCUUCCCUCUCACCUGCUCCCGAAAACCGAUGUCUGGGCACUGGGCAUGUUAGUCAAAGACAUGCUUACUGGCGCUUUGCUUCAUCCUCAUGUCAAGAGCACAGGACUUUCUGAAUGGGCCAGGGAGACAACAGCGUGGAUGUUACAAGAUGAAAUCUUGAAAAGGCCCACGGCGAAGGAAUGCAGAGAAGCUGUGUGGGUUAGGCAAGGCAGCAGAGUUCCCAGAGCCUUCCUGCGAGCGUUGGAUAUGAAAGGUAUUGGGGGCUCGCCUAGGAAGAACAGUGAUGAUGAAGACGAGGAAAUGGAGAUGUGA